CCUCCACUUCCAAGUUCCAUGCGCUCUCUUCAAGUUCAAUGAGACUUGACAGAGAAUACCCUACAUGCGAUGCAAUGAUGAUGCGUCAACCGUUCCUAUCUAGGCAGCUCCUUGACCGUUGGGCCUCUGGAUCGGGGCUGAGAGGGCUUCUCAGAUCGAGCUUCCCUGCAUUCCAAUCCAGCUGAAAUGGACGACGCCAGCUCACGGGAGUAGCACAAGCCGACAACGGGAGCUCGUAAGGCGCGGGCACCACCUCUGCAUCAUUCAGGGCUGGUGAGCAGAGAGUCCGUGAAAAGUUGAUCAGCAAAGAUGUCGGAAGCGGGUAGCGAUGACUUAUUUGGGAUCGAGAGUAAGCUGGUGAUGUUGGCAGUUGAUUCAUCGCUGGAGAGCAGAGGGGCGGUUAUGUGGGCCGCCCGCAGUCUCAUCAAUGCGGGGGACGAGGUCGUGAUCUUCCAUGCAAUCAAGACGCUGAAAGAGAUCCCCACAGCAAUGGGCAUGGUCCCGUUUUCUGGGGCCAAUCCCGAAAUGCAAAGAGCCCACAUGCUAGUGACGGAGGAGAAUGCUAAGAAGAUGGCUGCAACGCACGCCGCUUACUGCCAGACCCAAAAGAUUGAGGCCAAAACGGAGGUAAUAUGGGGCCAGCGCCGCCAGGCGAUCCUAGACCGUGUGGUUCAACUGGGUGUCACUCACCUUGUCAUGGGCACUGGGAAGGGCAGUCGUCGCCUCAGUUUUCUCAGGAAGGAGAGCCUGACGGCGACCGUCUCGCGCGAGGCGCGUUGCCAGGUGUUCCUGGUGGCCAAGAACGGGAAGCUCGUCUCCCGCAGCUCCUACAACGCGGACGCCAGCGGACGUCCGAAGAAGCUGCAGAGCGCGACGUCCGCACCGGACCGGCUCAUGAACGUUGACGCAGAAACCGCCUCCAAUGCUUCGUUCGGCACGUCCUCGCACCCGCCCAGCAGCGUCGGCACUGUCUCCAGCGUAUCCUCGACCCACUACCCCCCCUCCGAGAUCGAUGAGUCAGAGUCGCCGAUCGGCAGCCCGUACCCCCCCCUGUUCCGGGCCACUUCCACCCCCCCGAGAUCGCCCGACAGCCCGGUGACGGUCCUCACGAAAAACCUCGGCUCCCGCUCCGGGGGCCUCCAGCGAACAUUCUCUAAUCCCUCCCCGCUCGCAAAGGGGGGGGAGGUGUCUGACAGGCGGAGCCCCGCGCCGGCACCCCCCCGAACCGGAACACCCCCCUCGACGUACGACCUCGACUGGGCGCCGAAACCGCGACGCGCCACGUCCGUCGCCCUCCCUUCCACGCCCCCAGCCCCCCGGCCCAGCUCGGCCUCCCCCCGGGGGACCGGCGAUGACGCCAGCGUCGUCGAGGAUGACGUCAGCCAGGCGGGCAGUGACGUCAGCAGGGACGACGUGGCGGCGGCGGCGGAGCUUGCGGCGCUGCGCGCGCAGGUGCGGCAGCUGCGGCUGGUGAGCGAGAUGCGCGCGCGCGAGGCGGCGCGCUUCGCGGAGCGACUCGAGGCCAAGGAGGGCGAGGCGGAGGCGGUGGGCAGGCAAUUGGCGGAAGAGUCAAGGAGACGGAAGGCCGCCGAGCGGACUGCCAGCCGGCUGGUUUCCGUUCUGGGAGAGACUGCGCCCGAGAAGGUCGUGGACAUCAUGACCGGCGGAAUCCACGCCGGAAACUGA